AUGGAUAAAGUAAAGGAACGAACAGGAAUAUAUCAUGAACAUCAACAGGGUGCUCUUUGUGCUCAACAUGCAUUAAAUAAUCUUGUACAAACUCCAGUAUUUUCAGCUGAUAAUUUAGCUGAUAUAGCUCGUGAACUGGAUAAAGAAGAAAAUAAUGUAUUAACACAUACAAUAUUUGAAUCUGAGAAUAUGGAUGAUACCGGUUUUUUUAAUAUUCAAGUAUUACAAUUAGCAUUAAAAAUGUUCGAUCUUGAAUUAAUAUCUUAUGCAAGUCAAGAAGAUAUUGCUAAACAAGCACGUACUAGUCCUCAAACUAUUCAAGCUUAUAUUUGUAACUUAGGUUUACAUUGGUUUACUAUAAGACGAUUUGGUAGACAAUAUUUUAAUUUAAAUUCCUUUUAUUAUGUACCAGAAUUAGUACCCGAUCAACAAUUAACUGUAUAUUUAAAUCUCAUACAAGAAAAUGGUUAUUCAGUAUUUAUUGUACAUGGAUCUUUACCAGACUGUUUAGCUGAUCAACAGUUAACAACUAAUCCAAUAAGCAUGCGGGAAUAUGUUAUUUUAACCAAAGAUUUACCAAAAUUAGUUAUGGAUGAUAAAGUUAUGGACGGUUCUCAAACUUUACGCGUACCAAAAGAGUUAUAUGAUGAAUAUCAAAAAAACCCACAUGAUCCACAAAUAAUGCAAAAGAUAAUGGCAUACGCACCGAAACAUUUGAUUGAUGAUCAAAUCCCAACACAUAUGCAUACUUCAAAUCCUCAACAUAAUCAUUCUCGUUAUCUUCUACUCCUUUCAGCGAAGUCAAAAGAUAACAUUAAUGAACAAAUAAAACAUUGCAACUGUCCAAAACAUCGUCAUCUUCGACAAGUAUUAACUGAAAAUUUAGAAAAACCUAUGAUUGACAAUCCACUUACUAAUAAUUUAAAUGAACCACGUCAAGGAUCUCAUAUAAUAACUGAAUACAUAUCAGAAUAUAUAAUUGAACAACCACAGCCUAAUAGUUCAAAUAAAUCACAACAACAGAGAAUGGCAGUAACUCGUCAAAUGAUUGUUGUAAAUCGAUCAUCACAUGGAAAUAACACAUUAGUUGAUAAUCAUGGUGUUCAGCGAGCGUCUAUAACAAAUAUGAGAUUUGAAAAUGAGGAAGAUGAUAUAUGGGAAGAUAUGGUAUCUGAUUAUUUACUUGAUCCAUCAGCAAUAGAUGUAGAUGCAGAUAUCUCUUUUGAUAUGGAUCGCACAGAAAAGUUGAAUGAACAACGUCUUAAAGCAGCUAUUGCUGCUAGUUUAAAAAGUAACAAUUCCGAAACAAAACAAGUUGAAAAAACUCCAGAAUCAAUUCCAAUAACAACUAAAAAUUCAGCAUCAAUACUAACGAUGAAUUCAGAACGAACACCGACCAUCAACUCAUCAUUAACAUCAACGAUGAAUUCACCACAAACACCAACGAUCAGUUCAGAGAGAAUACCAAUGGUAAAUUCAGAACGAACACCAACCAUCAAUUUGCCACCAUCAUCAACAACAGCAAUGAAUUCAGAACGAACAUCAACGAUUAAUUCAGAGCAACAACCAACCAUCAAUUCGUCGCCAGCACCAGCGAUGAAUUCAGCACAGACAUCAAUGAUAAAUUCAUCACCAGCACCAAAUAUGGAUUCAAAACGAAUACCAAUGGUGAAUUUAGAACAAACACCGAUCAUCAAUUCGUCAUCGACACCAACAAUGAAUUUAUCACCAACACCAGCGGUGAAUUCAGAACGAAUACUAACACAAAAUAUAAUUGAAGAACCAAAGCCUGAUAACUCAAAUAAAUCACAACAACAGGGGAUGGAAGUAACUCGUCAAAUGAUUAUUAUAAAUCGAUCAUCACAGAGAAAUAACACAUCGAUUGAUAAUCUUGGUGUUCAGCGAAUGACUAUACCAAAUAUAGGAUUUGGAAAUGACGAAGAUGAUAUAUGGCAAGAUAGGAUGCCCGAUUAUUUACUUGAUCCAUCGAUAAUAAACACAGAUGCAAAUAUUUCUUUUAAUAUGGAUCAUAUAGAAAAGAUAAAUCAACAAAAUCUUGAAGCAGCUAUUGCUGCUAGUUUAAAAAGUAAUAAUUCCGAAACAAAACAAGUUGAAGAAACUCCAGAAUCAAUUCCAAUAACAACUAAAAAUUCAUCACCAAUACCAACGAUAAAUUCAGAACAAACACCAAUAAUCAAUUCAGAACGAAUAGCAAUAAAUAAUCCGACGUCAUAUUCAUCACCAUCAACAAAUACGAAUUCACCUCCACCGACAAUCAUGUCAUCAUUUCGUUCUAAUCGUAUUCGUUCUUUAAUAAAUCGUCGAUCAAAUAUUCCUAUUGAACAAUUAUCAUUAUAUUCAUGUUUAUAUCAUAUACGUCCUUAUUGUUCAUCAUCAACAACAACAAUUAUUAAUGAAAUAUGUCUUCGACGUUUACUUAAAUCAAAUUAUUCAUGUCAAUUUCAAGAAUCAAAUCAAAUAUCUGAACAUAAAUUAUUACCAAAUAAAUCAACAUUUAUUCUUGGUCAUUAUAUGUUAACAUUAUUAUUAAAUAAUCUUCGUUUAUAUAUAAUAAAUAAAAAUAAUUUAAUAUUAAUUGGUGAAGAUUUAUUUACAUUUAAAAUUGUUUUUAUUGGUAUAUGUACAUAUAGUGAUUUUCAAAAUCGAAAUUUUUUUAAACAAGAUGGUUUUAUAUUAAUGACAGCUGAUCAACGUUUAUUUUUAUAUGAUUUUAAAUUAAAAUUACGUAUGCCAUCACAUGGUAUUUGUUUUCAAUGUGAAAUUCCAGUUAAAUUUCUUGAAAAAUCAUUUGAAUAUCAUGAACAUACUCAUAUGAUAUCAAUACAUACACGUUAUAAACAACGAUCACAUCUUUUUAUUUUAUUAAGAAUAUGGCCACAUUGGCUUAGUUAUGUUUUUUUAAUUGAACCUCAUAUAUUUGGUAAUGAUCUUAAACAAGCAACUAUAACACAUGAAUUACUUAUUGUACAAAAUCAACGAAAUAGUUGUAAUCUAUAUUCACUUCAUGCUAUUCUUGAUGAAUAUACAAUAAAAUCACAUUCAAUAAAUGAUUAUCCUAAUGAAUUAUUACCAAUAAAUGUUUUAAUAACAUCUUGUCCAACUUGUUUAUUUACAUUUAAUUGUGAACGUCCAUUAUUUGAUUAUGCUUUUUGUAGUACACAACAUUUUCUUACACGUAUUAAUGAAGAUUAUUUUAUUUUAAAUAUAAAUAAUAAUUUAACACCUAUUUUAAAUGGUCAUUUAAAACGAUCAUGGACUGAUAAUUUAUCUCCACAUAGUCAAGUUUAUUUUAUUGAUACAAAAAAUAAUCAUGAUUGUAUAAUUGAUAUUCGAGAAUCUAUUGUACAUGUUUGGCAAUUAAUACAUAAUGAAUUAACAUCUAUUAAACAUUUAUAUACAAUUGAUGAUGGUAUAACUACAAUAAUAACAUCAAAUAAUCGACAUAUAACACGUUAUGGACGACAAAUAAAACCUCAAAAUAUUUUAGAUUUAUCAUCAACAAUUAUAACUGAUCAUUAUUUUGAUAUAUAUAAUAAUUUAUUAACAUUACUUUUUGAAUCAGAAGUAUCUGAUAUAGCUAUAAUACGUGUUAUUGAACAUCCUAUAGGUAUAUGUCGUCAAGAUAUUCAUUUUAAAAAAAAUAAUAAACAUAAUCAAUUAAAAAUUAUGCAUGAACAUGAUAAAUUAAUUGUUCAAGAACUUAGUUGUCAUACAGUUAUACUUCGUUUAUUUACAUUAGAACGUUCAAGAUAA